UCCCCUCAGAUUCUCUCUCUCUCUCUUAACCCGACAUGAACAACACAUUGAUAGCAGUUUUCACUUUCACGCUCCUAUAUCAUUAUUGUAGACAGUAUCUGUUCCGUUGUGUUGUUCUAACUGUUCCAAAACCCCCUUUCUCUUUUUCAACAUCCAUGUCUAUCUUCUCUGCUUCAACCAAUUGAAACCCCAACACACUGUUUCUCCGAUCACUUCCUCUCCGUUCUAAAAAAAGGUGAAGAAUGGAUGCUAUACGGAAGCAAGCUAGCAAGUUGAGAGAGCAAGUUGCCAGGCAACAACAGGCUAUACUUAGACAAUUGGGCCAACUUAGCAAUGAAUCGCUCAUGACUGAUGAAUCUGAAAUUGAGUGUCAUCAGCAACUGCAGAAGUUAUACACUUCUACAAAGACAGCUAAGCAUUUUCAGCGGCAUAUUGUUCGCGGUAUUGAAGGAUUCGUUGCUGUUAGUUCCAAGCAGAUGGAGAUAGUAAGAAAGUUGGCGAAGGACUUCUGUAAAUAUGGGACCGAGAAUCAAGGCAGUACUUACCCUCUUUCAAGGGCUUCUAUUCAAUUGGGUAACUCGUAUGAUAUAGUGGAGAAUGAGAGGGAGACUUUGCUUGGGAUCUUAGGUGAUCAGAUUUCUGAGCCACUGCGGGCACAAAUAACAGGAGCUCCUCUAGAGGAUGCACGCCACCUCACUCACCGCUAUGAUAAACUUCGGCAAGAGGUAGAAGCGCAGGCUGCUGAAGUUUUGAGGCGUCGAUCAAAGUUGAGGGAUUCUUCUGUUUCUGCAGACAGUUCUAUGAGGCUUCAAAAUGCAGAAACAAGGUCGAAAGAGCUUAAAUCUGCCUUGGUGGCACUUGGUAGAGAAGCAACAACCGCUAUGUUGUCAGUUGAAGAACAACAGCAACAGAUAACUCUCAAGAGCCUUUGUACAAUGGUGGAUGCAGAGAGAGCCUAUCAUCGUCAUGCCCUUGUUAUUCUAGAGAAACUAUGUGCUGAGAUGGUUGAUGAGAGACAACCAAAAGAAUCUACAUCAUUUCCUCUGCCAAAAGAUGGACACAAUCAACCUGCAGAUGAGAAUGCUAAUUCAAACAGCAUUGAUUAUAAACAACACAGUCAAACAGGCACAUACUUUUUUGCAAAGGUAAUACAUCCAUUUGAUGCUCAAGCAGAGGGGGAGUUAAAUCUAUCAGUUGAUGAUUAUGUUGUAGUUCGCCAGGUUGGUUCCAAUGGAUGGUCUGAAGGAGAAUGCAAAGGAAACGCUGGAUGGUUUCCCUCUGCUUAUGUACAGAGACAGGACUUAAUACCAGCCAGCAAGAUAACGGAAUAAAGUCGACACUGUUCUUUUGAAUUGGUGAUGAGGCAAUAAUUGUAUAUUCUCGUAAUCACGGAAAAGCCAUAGCAUUCAUGUGCUUGCUAUUAUUUUUGAGUGGUUCUGUCAUCUGUGCAGUAUCUUGUAUAUGUGAGCAUAAAAUAUAUAAUAGGAAAUGUAGCAGUUUAAAUAUGUAGAUUGAUUUAUGAUUGACAUUUGCUUAAGCCCUUGGGGUCAUUUUAAGGAGCUUAGGUUUCAAGAUGAGAAACUUAGCAAUGUGGAUAAAUGUUGAACUUCUGCUGUCCAUAUUUAUAGAGGAUUCUGUAUUUCUAAAUGAAAUUAUGGCGGAAAUUAUUGUCGUA